AACACUUUAUCAAGUCAUACACCCUCAGUUUUUCGCUCUUCGUGUUAGAAUCCAACAUUCCUUUCCUUGUAAUCCGAUUGCCAAAAAUAUUCGGACCGUGACACUUUGCCUGUAAUAUUCAACAAUUAAUCCAUGGCAUCUUCGGCCAAAAUUCUAUUCCUUACUCUUUUCAUCUCCCUCCUUGGCUUUUCCCUAGCGGCAAGGCGGCUUGAUGAGUCGACUCAGCUGAUGACCUUCCAAUACCAUAAGGGACCCCUCCUUAAUGGCAAAAUUACAAUUAACCUCAUUUGGUACGGUAACUUCAAGCCCGCCCAACGUGCCAUCAUCUCGGACUUUAUCACUUCCCUUUCAUCCUCCCAAAGUAGUGAAGCCCAACCAUCUGUUGCCACGUGGUGGAAUUCCAUUGGAAAGUAUCACCUCCUCGCUAAUCCCAAGAAAUCCACCACCGCUCUCUCCCUCUCCGUAGGCAAACAAGUCAUAGAUGAGACAUACCCCCUUGGUAAGUCCCUAACCAACAAGCACCUUGUAGAGCUUGCCUCCAAAGGUGGUCAACAAGUCAACGCAGUCAACGUUGUGUUGACUGCAUCUGACGUUGUAGUUGACGGGUUCUGUAGAAGCCGGUGUGGAACCCAUGGGUCAUCCUCCAUUUCCAAAUUUACCUCUCAAAAGUUCACCUAUAUAUGGGUUGGUAAUCCUGAGACCCAGUGCCCGGGUCAAUGUGCUUGGCCCUUCCACCAGCCCAUCUACGGCCCACAAAGCCCACCUUUGGUUGCACCAAACAACGACGUGGGCCUCGAUGGGAUGGUGAUCAACUUGGCAUCCCUUUUGGCAGGGACUGUGACCAACCCGUACGGAAAUGGGUAUUUCCAAGGCCCGAAGGAUGCACCACUUGAGGCUGCAUCAGCCUGCCCAGGAGUCUACGGAAAGGGAGCGUACCCUGGUUAUGCCGGAAACCUUUUGGUUAACCCCACAACCGGUGCUAGCUAUAACGCCAACGGAGCUAACAAGAGGCAGUAUUUGCUCCCUGCUUUAUAUGAUCCUACCACUUCAUCUUGCUCAACUUUGGUGUGAACAGUUAGAAUUCAGAUAAGUAUGAUGAUAAGUGAUGCAUAAUGUAAAGAUACUUAGUACUAUUAGAGAUCUUAAGUUUUGAAUUACACUAUAAUUAAAUUAUUCAAUUUGUAAAGUUGGUUUGUUGAGAAUAAUAAAUAGAUACUAAAAUGUUUUGUGUGCC